AGUGGUUGGCUGAGGGCUGAGGGAGCGGGACAGAGGGUGCCCAGCCAGUCCAGUCUCUGUGCAACUCGCCUGCCAGCUCCCUCUCUCGAAGCACCAUGGGGAAGGACCGCUCAGCUGCAGGGCCCGGGCUCUGGCUCUGGCUCUUGCUCCUGCUCCCUGGAUCCACGACCACCACAACCACCCCAGAACCACAAUACUUAGUGAUGGUGCCUUUCCUGAUCCACGCUGGGACCUCUGAGAGGAUCUGCAUCCAUUUGAGCCACUUGAAUGAGACCGUUACUUUGAGUGCCACUUUGGAAUAUGAAGCACAGAACAGGAGCCUGAUCCAGAAUGUGGUGUCAGAGAAGGACUUCUUUGGGUGUAUUCCAUUCACAGUUCCCAAAUGGAACGCUUCCUCACAGGUGGUCCUCCGCGUGGUGGUGAAAGGGCCCACGCACACGUUCAGAAGCCAAAAAAUGGUGUUGGUCAAGAACCUGGACAGCCUGGCCUUUGUCCAAACAGACAAGCCCAUCUACAAGCCCGGGCAGAAAGUUCUGUUCCGAAUCAUCUCUCUGAGUGAAGGUUUCCUUCCCCUGAAUGAGAAGUUUCCUUUGGUUUACAUCCAGGACCCCAAAAGGAACCGCCUGAUCCAGUGGCAUGACGUGCAGCUCCAGAACGGCCUCACCCGGCUCUCCUUCCCACUCACGUCUGAGCCUACCCCAGGUCUCUACAAGGUGGUGGCACAGAAGGCCUCCGGGAACAACGUGGAGCACACAUUCGAUGUAGAAGAAUAUGUGCUACCCAAAUUUGAGGUCUCAGUGAAGGUACCCAAGGUCAUAACGAUUCAGGACCGGGAGCUGAAAGUCACCGCCUGUGGGAGGUACACCUACGGGAAGCCAGUCCCUGGCCUGGUGAAGGUUCAGGUCUGCCGGAAUUACGAGGAAUACAGAUCCUACUGUAGUACCAGCAGAACAACAAAGGGCGUCUGUGAAGAAUUCAGUGGCAAGGCGGAUGCCCACGGAUGCCUCUCCCAGGUGGUGAAAACAAAUAUAUUUCAGUUGGCCAGAUCGGGAUAUGAGAUGGACAUCAAGGUGACAGCCAAGGUCACAGAAGAAGGCACAGGAGUGGAAUUACUGGGCAAAGGUUCCACUGAAAUUACCGCUGUCAUCAGCAAACUUGCCUUCCAAAAACUGGACACUUAUUACAAGCCUGGGAUCCCCUUUUUCGGGCAGGUAAAGCUAGUGGAUGGCACCGAUGCACCAAUGGCCAAUGAAACAGUCCAGAUUCUUAUUAUGGCGCCCGAGUACAGGGCCAGCUAUACAACCGAUGACCAGGGGAUAGCACGUUUUUCCAUACACACCGACAACUUCACAGCUGCUGCUAUUAAUAUACAAGCGCUGUAUAAAACGCAAGAUCACUGUUAUGAGAGGAACUGGGUCGCUGCCACUCAUCAAGGCCCCUAUCACACAGCAACUCUCUUCUACUCACCCAGUGGAAGCUACCUCCAUAUUGAGUCUGUUGCUGAGACCUUAAGCUGUGAGCAUACUCAGCCAGUCAGGAUACAUUACAUCUUGAAGCCGGAUGCUGUACCAGAGAAGAUUCACUUUUACUAUUUGGUGAUGGCGAAGGGGGGCAUUGUGCAAUCCGGGAUCCAUGUGGAGCCUGUGGAACACGCAGUAGCCAAAGGGGUGUUUCUUCUGGAUCUCUCUGUGGACACCCAUACUGCCCCCUUGGCACGUGUGCUCGUCUAUGUCAUUCUGCCCAGUGGAGAACUUGUUGCUCACUCGGCAGAUUUUGCAGUGGAGAACUGCUUCUCAAAUAAGGUGAAACUGGCAUUUUCAGGCACCGAAGGCCUGCCCGGCAGCAACGCCCACCUCCAUCUUGCGGCCUCCAAAGACUCCCUUUGCGCCAUCCGUGCUGUUGAUAAGAGCGUCCUCCUUCUGAAGCCUGAAGCUGAGCUUUCGCCCCAGACCGUUUAUAAUCUGCUUCCUGUGAAGGACCUCAGAGGCUACAGCUACCAGAAUUACUAUCUGAGUGAGCCAGACCUCGAGAAGUGUGUGGCUUCAAAAAAUAUUCUCGUGGAUGGCAUUUACUACGCCCCAGUUUCUGAGAACAAAGGCGACCCCUAUGAGCUCCUCAGGAAUGUUGGCCUUAAAGUUUUUACUAAUGUCAGGAUCCGUCAGCCUACGUUCUGCACUCACGGAGUUGCAUACAGCGCUCGAGGUGAAGGUGGAGCAGGGUGGCACGAGAGCGCACCCAUGGCGUAUGCAAUGGAAACAUCAUCAGGACGUUCGCCAUCAGCGCCCCCAUCGCCAGACUCUGCAAUGGCUGCAGUGGAAAAGCCCACCAGAAGCUUUUUCCCCGAGACGUGGCUUUGGUUGGAAACGUCAGUCGACUCCGGUGGGCAGGCAGACGUGCCAGUGACCAUCCCAGACACCAUCACCGAAUGGACUGCGGGCGCCUUCUGUACGUCAGCGGAGGCCGGCUUCGGCCUCUCCGAGACCGUCUCCCUCAAGGCCUUCCAGCCCUUCUUUGUGGACCUCACCCUGCCUUACUCAGUGGUGCGAGGGGAAGCCUUCGUCCUGAAGGCCACGGCCUUCACCUAUCUACAGCAUUGCAUCAGAGUGGGCAUCUCCUUGGCUCCCUCUCCGGACUUUGCGGCUUCCUUGCUGGGAAAUGAGGAGGAGUCCUACUGCCUGUGUACGGACGAAAGGCAAACCGUGUCGUGGACCGUCACACCAAAAUCUUUGGGUGAAGUGAACCUCACGGUGACUGCUAAAUCUGUGGACUCCGAACAGCUGUGUGGGAACGAAGUCGUGAAGGCGCUCGGCCAAGGGCAGGCGGACACCGUGAUCAAGUCCCUUUUAGUCGAGCCCGAAGGCAUGGAGAAGGAGGUGGUCUUCAGCUCCUUGGUCUGCGGAGCUGGAGAGAAAAAGGCCACUCCCCUUUCCCUGAAGGUCCCAGAAAAUGUAGUGGAGGGCUCAGCCAGGGCCUAUUUCUGUGUGCUCGGUGACAUCCUGGGUUCGGCCAUUCAGAACCUGCAGCACCUCCUCCGGCUUCCCUACGGCUGUGGGGAACAGAACAUGGUCCUCUUUGCGCCCAACAUCUACAUCCUGGACUACCUCAACAAGACAGAGCAGCUAACGGAGGAGACCCGCUCCAAGGCCAUCGGCUUCCUCGUCUCUGGCUACCAGCGGCAGCUGAACUACAAGCACCCCGAUGGCUCUUACAGCACCUUUGGGCCACAGGGCUAUGAGACAGGGAACACAUGGCUGACAGCAUUUGUGCUCAAGUCCUUUGGGCAGGCCCGUCGCUACAUCUUUAUAGAAGACAAGCACAUCCUGGAUGCUCAAGGCUCCCUGGCCAUCCGGCAGAAGGAGAACGGCUGCUUCCAGAGCUCUGGGCACCUCCUGAACAAUGCCAUCAAGGGCGGGGUGGACGAUGAGGUCACUCUGUCUGCUUACAUCACAAUCGCCCUGCUGGAGAUUUCCCUGCCUGUCUCGCACAUGGUGGUGCGUAACGCCCUCUUCUGCCUGGAGACGGCAGCACAGGCAAAAGACAUCCACGUCUACUCCCGGGCUCUGCUGGCUUACGCCUUUGCCUUGGCAGGGAAGGAGGAGAAGAGGCGAGAGAUGCUGACCUUCCUCGAGGAGGCCGCCGUACAAGGAGAGGACGGCUCCAUUCACUGGCAGAGGCCUGGGAAGCAACAGGAGGAGGUCAGCUGGCUCUUCUACCAGCCCCGAGCUGCCUCUGCAGAGGUGGAGAUGACUGCUUACGCACUCCUGGCUUACCUCACCGAACACCCAGCGCCGUCCCAGGAGACUUUGACGAAGGCAUCCAACAUUGUCAGAUGGCUCAGCAAGCAGCAGAAUCCCACCGGUGGGUUCUCUUCCACCCAGGACACGGUGGUUGCUCUGCAGGCCCUGUCCCUGUACGGGAGUUCCACCUACACCAAGAGCGGAGCACACGCAGAAGUGAAGCUGCUCUCCGGGAACGAUGUCCAGCACCAGUUCCAGGUGGACAGCACCAACCGCCUGGUGCUCCAGUGCGGACCUGUGGCCGGAGUGCCAGGAGAAUACAGCAGAGAAGUGGCUGGGGAAGGGUGUGUCCAUGUGCAGACCACCUUGAAAUACAACGUGCAUCCCCGCCACGAGGGCGAACCUUUCACACUGGAGGUGCACACGGUUCCUGAGGUUUGCGAGGGACCCAAAGCCCACAGGGUUUUUGAUGUGGCUGUAAAUGUCAGCUACACCGGCAAGCGCCCAGCCUCUAACAUGGCCAUCGUUGAUGUGAAGAUGCUGUCAGGAUUCAUUCCAGUGAAAUCAUCCGUGAGAAAGCUAGAAACGCAAAAUCAGGUCAAGCGGACAGAAGUGAGCACCAACCACGUCCUGCUGUAUUUGGAACAGGUGAACAACGUGACCCAGAGCUACUCCUUCACGGUGGAGCAGGACGUGCCGGUUCAGGACCUGAAGCCUGCCCUGGUGAAAGUCUACGAUUACUACGAAACAGAUGAGUUUGCCGUGGCUGAGUACAGCGCCCCCUGCAGUACAGGUGAGAUGAAACAGAAGAGCGAGUGAAGAACGAAGAGGUGCGAGGAGGAUCGCUGUUCUGGUUGAAGCUGUCUUCCGUUGGAUGGGGGGGGGGCUGUCAAAGCAGCACUGAAGAGGAAAGCCCUCCUCCUAGAGGCCUUCUGGGUCCCGUCACGCCCCCCUCCCCUCGGCCACGUGGCUUUACCCAGAAGAGCCGCCCGAAUGCCUGUGGAAAAGCAGAGUGGAGACCGGAGAAGGGCCUGCCUCUUAGAGCAGCGUGCCCUUUCU